AUGUCCAUGAAAAAGCUACAGACCGAGAUUGACCGAGUGUUGAAGAAAGUGAGCGAAGGUGUCGAGAUCUUUGAGACCAUCUUUGACAAGAUACAUUCGACAAACAACAUGAACCAGAAAGAGAAAUACGAGCAGGACUUGAAAAAGGAGAUUAAGAAGCUGCAGCGACUACGUGAUCAGAUCAAGACGUGGCUAUCGUCGAAUGAAAUCAAGGACAAGAGUGCGUUGUUGGAGAAUCGCAAGCUUAUCGAGUUGCAAAUGGAGCGGUUCAAGACCAUAGAGAAGGAAAUGAAGACCAAGGCGUAUUCCAAAGAGGGUCUCAUGCUUAAAGAGAAGAUGGAUCCAAAGGAGAAGGAGAAGAUGGAUGUUUGCGAAUGGAUCACCACCACCAAGACCGAGAUAGAACGACAAAUGGAAGCAGCAGAGGCAGAGAUUGAGACAUUACAAGGCACAUCCAAACGCGGCAAGAAAGAUCACAGUCGACAGGAGCGUAUCAGUGAGCUUGAACACCAUUUCGAACGCAACAAGUAUCAUCUCGGCCGGUUAGAACUCAUCCUCCGAUUACUGGAAAACGAUCAUUUGCAAGUGGACAAGGUUGCUGCUAUCAAAGAUGAUGUACAAUACUAUGUUGAAAGCAAUCAGGAUCCUGAUUUUGAGGAAGACGAGUAUAUGUAUGACGAUUUAAAUCUGGAAGACGACGAGGUGCUAUACAAUAUUGCAACAGAUGAAUACUUUGCACAUAACGAGAGCAAACCAGAACCUAAGGAAGAAGAUGACAAGCCGCACUCCAAACGAGCCGCACGAGAAAAGGAACGACAGGAGAGGGUGAAGGAAAAGGAACGAGAAAAGGAGAGAGAGAAGGAAAAAGAGGAAGAGGCUACACCACAAAAGAUCUUGAGUCCCAAGUCAAAAGAUCCACUUACACCUUCAUUGGAAGAGCCCAAAUCAAAAUCCAAUGGCACGAGCCCUCUAAGGACACCCAGCUCAACCAAAUCGACACCAGAAGUAAUAGCACCCACAACAACAGGGCUCAAGUAUGCACAAGCAGCGGCAGCAGGUGUUUCUACAUCAAGUUCCCAUGAUAGUCUAUCAAAGAAGCAAGAUAAGAUACCAGGUGCAAACGACAAACCGGUGGAGAAUGCAUGGACAAAGCCCCCAGAGAUCAUUGAUCAAGCCAAGGAAGAUAAACAACGACAACAACAUGUGAUACAGCAACCUGGUGCUGCAUUGUUAUCCUCACAGUAUCCAGCCAAGUCACCUGACGCCUCCAGUGUACCACCGGAUAUGAGUGAAGCACGUUUACCAUCAUCACUAGCGGAUCUUGCACCAGCAUUUGAAGCUGUCAAAGCUAAAGGUAUAGGCAAGGCUGAUAUGAUGUAUACACACCAAAUGCUGGAUACAAGUUUACAGCAUGUACCUGAUCUCAUUGACUCUGAACGGCCAAAGACAUACCAACCUGCCAAUCCUUAUCCCACGCCCAACUAUUAUCCACAACAACCAUUGGCCGUCUUUGAUAAUCCUGUGUUAUUCGAUAAAUUCGAUAUGGAUGCGUUGUUUUUCAUCUUUUAUUACCAGCAAGGAACCUAUCAGCAAUACCUUGCUGCAAGGGAAUUGAAAAAGCAAUCAUGGCGAUUCCAUAAAAAGUAUUUGACCUGGUUCCAACGUCAUGAAGAGCCCAAAGUGAUUACCGAUGACUAUGAGCAAGGCACCUAUAUUUAUUUUGAUUACGAGGGUUCAUGGUGCCAACGAAAAAAGACUGAUUUCCGGUUCGAAUACCGAUACCUGGAAGAGGCAUAA